CGGGUUGGGUCCCGGGGGGGUCCCCAGGUCGUGCUGGCGAAGGGGUGUCGUGACCCGGUCCCGCCGCGCCGCGGGUGUCUCGCACGGCCUCCCCUGCAGCGAGCCUCGGCCUCGGGUCCUGCGCUCAGCCGGGCCAGGCAACGGGCUCAGCUUUUGCUCCGCGCUGGCCAUGGCUGCCCCGUGGGAGGACGUGCUGCGGGACGCCGCGGCCAUCCGGGAGGCGGCGGCCGUGGCCGUGGACGCGGCGCUGCUGGAGGGAGUGUUGAUGCGGACCGAGGGCGAGCCCAACGCCUCGGAUGUGGUGAAUUUUGCGCCCUUCACGCUGCUGCCCUCGGUGGUGCCGCAAGCCCUCUUUGAGCAAGCCUAUGCUGUCCAGCAGGACUUCAACCUGCUGGUGGAUGCCAUCAGUCAAAACAAGGAGUUCCUGGAGCGUACCCUGGCCAGCACCAUCAAGGUAGAUGACUUCACUGCUCGACUCUUCAGAAUCCACAUGCAAGUCUUGGAGGAAGGCUUGGCCCAGUCUGUGUUUCUAGGCAUAAACCGCUCUGACUACAUGUUUGACUGCGGGGUGGAUGGCACAGCAGCCCUGAAGCAGAUCGAGAUCAACACCAUCGCUGCCAGCUUCGGGGGCCUCACCUCCCGCACCGUGCCUGUCCAUCAGAGGGUGCUGAAGGUGCUGGGAAAGUCCAAGGAAGCAUCGAAGCUGCUGCCCAACAACCCAUCCAAAGGGCUUGCCUGGGGCAUCGCGAAGGCCUGGGAGCUCUAUGGCUCCCCAAGUGCUGUGGUGAUGUUUCUGGUGGAGAAGGUCCAGAGGAACAUCUUUGAUCAACGAUGUGUGGAAAAUGAGCUUUGGAACAGGAACAUCCGAGUCGUCAGGAGGCGAUUCAGGGACGUGUUUGAGAAGGGCUCCCUGGGCGAAGGCAGGAGGCUGUACAUGGAUGGCCAGGAGGUAGCUGUGGUGUACUACAGAGAAGGCUACGUGCCAAAGAACUACGACCAGCAGAACUGGGAGGCACGGCUGUUGCUGGAGAGAUCAAGGGCAGUCAAGUGCCCAGACAUCGCUACCCAGCUGGCAGGCACCAAGAAGGUCCAGCAGGAGCUGAGCAGGCCUGGCACACUGGAGAGCUUGCUGCCUGGCCGUGCUGAGGCUGUGGCUCGCAUCAGAGCAACAUUUACUGGGCUCUAUUCCCUGGACAUGGGUGCAGAGGGUGACAAGAUAGCUGCUACGGCCAUUGCUGACCCCGACCGAUUUGUGCUGAAGCCGCAGCGAGAAGGUGGAGGAAACAAUCUCUAUGGUGAAGAGCUCAGGCAGGUUCUGGAGAAGAUCCGAGACAGCCCUGAGAGAACUUCCUACAUCCUGAUGGAUAAGAUCAAACCACAGCCAGCACUGAAUUACUUGCUGAGGGCUCACAGCCCCCUGCAGGUGUCUGAGUGCAUCUCCGAGCUUGGCAUUUUUGGUGUCUAUGUCAGGCAGGACAAGGAGAUGGUGAUGAACAGAGCUGCUGGGCACCUGCUGCGCACGAAGGCCGUCGAGCACGCGGACGGGGGGGUGGCAGCAGGGGUGGCAGUGCUGGAUACCCCUUACGUGGUGUGAGGAGGCAAGGCCCUGUCCCACACACCAGCCUGCUGGCCCAGGAGCUGCUCUGCCACAGCAACCUUCUCCUGAGGGUGUGCUUACCAAGGCCUGACCUGGUGGGGACCGAGGAGGAACUGUGGGCACAGCUGUGCCAGCAUCCCACUGCCAGCUCCAGCUUCUCCACAGUUUCUCCUGCAGGAAGUAGAGCCUCUUGCUUUGCCAGCUUGGGAGGCCCUACUCUCUGCAUCUCCCAGCUGUCACCAACCAGGUCUGCACUGCUCUGGGUAUUUCCUUGGGUUCUGCUUGCAGGCAGGGGCAGGUAAACCAAAGCUGAAGGGUGAGUAUGCCCCAGCAGCCACCCACACUGUUCCCAGCUCCUUGAUGCUACAUUAUCCCUGGAGACACAAACCCAAAGGCUGGGGAAGGGGAGCAGAAGGGUGGAUGUGUAACAGCCUUCAGCUGUGGGGUUUGUGGCUCUGUGCCUUGGGGCUUUGCAGGUUAGAGUGGAGCCCAGCUCCACAGCCCAUGGCCCCUUCAGCCCUUCUCCAGGUGCUGCUGCUGCCCUAAUCUCCACUGUUUGCUGUGCCUGAGGAUCCUCAGAGGUCUUGCACAAGGAGAGCUGCCCUGGUGCAGUUUGCCCGAGGGCCUCUUGUUGGCUUGUGCCUUGCCCAGCUCCUGUGUUGUUGGACUGGGCGCUCAUUCCAGACAGUGCCUCUGCCACAGAGGGCAGGCAGCAGUGCAGAACACAUCUGGAAGCCACAUCCUCACCACAGGAGGGCCUUAUCUGCUCCCACUGCCUCCUGCAGCCUUGCCCAGCAGAUCCCUGUGAACUGGCACAAAAGCUGCCCACAGUGAUGGUGGCAGACCCCAUUGUGAGGGCAAGCAGGAACCUUGUCCCAGCCAGCGUGCCAAUAAUCCCCAAAUCCCAAGAGCUUGUCCCAGUGCAUCCCUCUGGACAGCUCCUUCCUGUUCCACUGCAUGUACAGUCCAGGGCAGGUGUCGGGGAGCCCCGACCUCGGUAAGAACCCUGCUGGGAGAUGGGGGAGGCUUAGACUGGGAGCUUUCUGGUGAGGAGGCAAAGGAAUUGCAGGAGAGGCUGUGUGGGUGCAGCCGUGGCUGCCAAGGGCUCCCUGCACAGGGACCAACUUUAGCAGUGGCUGUGGCCUGUCUGCUGCCAGGUUUCAUGACCAGUGGAGGCACGUGGAGCUCUUUGGGCUCUCCUUCCCUGGGCUUUUGCCAUGUCCUCCAGCCCCUCUUCUUCCUCAGCCGAGCGCUUCCAGAGGAAACAGAGCAGCUGCCCCCCUCUGGCAGUGCCCUGGUAAGGCACUCGGGCAGCCUCAGCUCUGCCCUUCCAAUGACACCAGCGGGAAGCAGCACCAAGCCGCCGCUGGAGAACGCAGGUGCUGCCCGAGGGCCCAUCGCUGCUGUGCCUCAAGGGCCAGUCCUCCACCCUGGGGGGGUAUCAGGUCUGCAGGUGUGGCUGGUUCUGUUUUGGCUGGGGGCGUUGAUUACCCUCAACCAGAGAUUAAAAGGUAUGUGCAAUCUGAA